AUGGUUAUUUCUGCUGACCUCUUCCUGUGGAGGAACAAGAAGAUCUCUGUCGGGGUGCUCGCGGGCGCCACCGCCAUUUGGCUGCUAUUUGAGGAGAAGAAUGAGCACACCCAGGAGAAGGAGCAAGCCCAGGAGAAAAAGAGUGAGCAGGAGAAGAAGGCACCGGAUUGCUGCUGUUGGAAUGUUGAGGACCUGGUAUCUGUGACGACCCUGCACCGGCUCCCGCCCGUGGAUGUCGCGCGGGCGGCCUGCGCCUGCCGCCUCUUGAGCACCGUCGCCUCCGACCGCGCCGUGCUAGAGGCCACCUUCCGCGCACCCUGGGGCGUGCGCCACGUCCUCAGCGACCCGGCCACCAGGGCCUUCUGGCGCGCUGCCUCCCUCGCCCGAUUUGCGCUCUCGCGCGCCCUCUGUCGCGGGGUCACUGUCUCGGGCAUCGCACUCAAGUAUUCUGUCCAGAUGCUGGCUUUCAUUCUUCAAAAGUUGGGUGUACAGGAGCUCUAGGAAGAAGAAUCCCGAAGAAAAACUACACCGAACAAUGCAUUUUAGUUCACUGGAGAUAGUUAUCUGUGAAGCUAGCUAUGUGUAUAUUUAGUUGUAUUCUAUAGCUAAAUACCAGAAUUGUACUAUGCUUGGCUGUUGUAUGAAAUAUUGUGCCUUAUUGGCUCUUUUUGAAUCAAAUUAUCUAUUUGCACAAAUA